UCUUGGCCUUGAAAUUGGCUUCUCUAUACAUAUAAGUAUAUAGUUUAAAACUAAACCAUUAUUCAACAGCAGUCCUCCGUUCAAGCAACAACAUGCUCUUCACCAAGGUCUCCUCUAUUGCUCUGUGCAUGGUAACCAUGUCUUUGGCUGCCCCUGCCCCAGCUCCCCUCUUCGACCCUGUCCUUGCUGUUGCCGUUCCCGUUGCUGGAGCUGUAGCUCUUCCAGCGGCUGCUGCAGUAGCUGCCGGUAUAGGAGCCAAAUAUAUCAUCGUUAAGGGAUUUAUCAAGGGAGCUGUUGCUGGAGCCAUUGUAAGCGCUGCUGCAAACGCCGUUGCAGGAGGAAACGAUGCCGGUUAUGGAGCCCCUGCUGUUCAAUAUGGAGCACCCGCUGCUGAAUAUGGAGCCCCUGCUGUUCAAUAUGAAGAACCCGCUGCUGAAUACGGAGCACCUGCUGCUGAAUAUGGAGCACCCUCUUAUGCUGCCCCUGCUGCUGAAUAUGGAGCCCCUGCCGCUGAAUAUGGAGCACCUUCUUAUAGCGCACCUUCUUCCGGAUAUGGAGCCCCUAGCUACAGACAUUGAAGCUAAUUCUAGCAAACUGUUUUAUUAUAAUUUAUUCUUAUUUAAUUAUUACGUUUGUUACACUUCAGUUACCUGGUGGUCUAAAGACUGCUAAUUUGUUCAAACUUAAAGUCUGGCCAGAGUUAGUGUUUUAUUAAGAGAAUUUUGUUAAUAAGUCCAAUGUUGAAGACGAUAUUUAAGAGAAUUUUGUUAAUAAGUCCAAUGUUGAUGACGAUAUUUAAGAGAAUUUUGUUAAUAAGUCCAAUGUUGAAGACGAUAUUUUAAGUUAUUCUUAAUUACACUGCAAUGGAAGUCAGUCUCUAGUCCUAUAGUUUGAAAUAUUUAAAAUGUCUGUAAAUCAGUCUGAAUAAAAGUACACGUACAAAAACUUUGAUAAAAA